GAAAAAUCUCAGUAAAAGUGUUAAUUGAUACAACAUCUAAAUAUAAUACUAUUAGCAAACACUUAUUCAAUAAGCUUGAAUCUGAUCAUGGAUUAGAAGGUAUAGUUGGUGAUGAUCUGAUAGGCAAAGAAAUAAAAGGCUUAGAUUUACAGUUUCACAUUAAAAGAAAGUGUCAGAGUUUAGGUGAUACUGAACUAAUAGACUUUCAAAUUCACAAAAAUCUAUUAUUCGAUCUGGUUUUGGGGCAAGAUUGGUUAUGGAUGCGUGAAGCAAAAAUAGGCUUUGGACAUUCUCCCAAAACCCGUGUCCGCUAUGCUAAAAUUGUAAUAAAUGGUAUGAGUAUCCCGUUAUUCGAUGAAGAUUUUAACAAAGCCAGCUCCACUAAAAAUAAUUUAUCUAAAUCAAUGGAAUCUAAAUCUGGUCUAGCUCAAGAGGAG